AUGGAGUCGCAAAGCCUGGAACGGGCAUCACAGUAUCUGAACAACUUAUUGCUAGCCCGUGGACUUCUUUCAAAUGGCAGAUCGAUCGAUUUCGCUCGUCCGGACCGCGAUGGUCAAUCCACCUCAGCGACAAUGUCUCGCAUCAUAAAUCUCGUCCACGACCUGGUCCUACGCCGCGACCAAGACGCCGAACAGAGAGAAUUUCUCGCGUCCAGCGUAAAGAAUGCCCGCCUUGACGAAAACCAACGCGUUCUUGAUCUCCAGCGAUUGCAGGAGAAGAACUCGGAGCUGGCCCGCGACGCUGCCACUGCCGAAGCACAACAACGUACCCUCAAAGAGGUGGCUCGCAAGGCCGACGCGCACGCCAAGGAGCUCAAGGAACAAAUGUUGAAAAUGAAGUCCACAUUGGAUCAAGUCAGGGCAAAGUGCUUGAGCGACGUCCGGAAAAGAGAUGUGGAGCUAGAAAAGCUAAAGGGACACCUGACUAGUAUGCAGCGUGGCAAAAGGGAGGCUUCUGGGAUGAGGAUAAAUACCCUGAGUUUACAGUCAGAACAUAAAAGCCGCGAAAAGGGGCGUGGGCAAAAUGUCGACAGCGCUGAAUGGAGUCUGGAGAAGGAGACGGGGGAUUUCUUGGCUGCACUAGUCAACGAAACGAGUACGGAGAAUGUUCAAUUACGAAAAAUCAUCACCGACACAAUGGACCUACUUCGGGAUCUGACAAACCUGGACGCUGGAGAGGAUGGAAGUGAGGAAGAUCAAGAGGACGGUAUCGGGAUACCUGGCCAGUACCGCAAAUCCAGGCAAAGAGCAGCGCGAAACUCGCCAGAUUCUUCCUUAGUCUCUUGCGUUGAUCUUGCAGAACAAAUGAGUCUGAUUUUGAGACACUGCCAGACAAUUCUUCGAGACCCUUCCUUCGUCCCAAUCGAGGAAGUUCAGAUACGAGAUGAGGAAAUCAUCAAGUUGAGGACAGGGUGGGAGAAGAUGGCCAACAGAUGGAAAGAGGCUGUAACGAUGAUGGACGCUUGGCGGAGACGGAGAACAGAACACGGACUGGAAGAAUCAAUGGACGAAUUGUCGCACCUGGAGUUUGGCAAGAGUAUAGCUACCCUCCCAAGCGGAGAGCCAAUCUUUGCCGCUGAAGACGAGCUUUCCCAAAUCCUCUAUGAGCAGAAUGGGCUUGACUCCGUCCCUGAAGAAGCCGAGAACGAUCGAAGCGGUCAAAUCGUCGAAGAUGAGUUGCAGGAAUCAGAUCUCGAAAUACCUCCAGAGCCACCUUCCAAGCGAAGAGCUUCUGUUUCUCGACGAUCUGGUGUGAUGGGACGCCCUGUACGACCUUUGCAGCCCGUUAGCUAUAACGGACAACCAGCUGCGCCGCUGACUGCACCGCACGAUGGUUUGGAGGAGGACGACGGGGUCUGGCCUCUUCACAACGAGCUUGGGGACGUCGAGAAUAUCUCACCACAGGAGUACCACCAUAGAGAAAUCUCCAACAAGACGACCAAAAAGAAUCGCGCCAACAAUUCUAGUGGCUUGCACAUGGAGCGGGCAGGGAUUGCGCCCUCCAUUCCUGAGAAGCUGGCUGCAAUCGAGACUGAAGCAUUGGAAGCUCAAGCGAGGCUUCUAGAGAUGCCAAUAGGACAGAAAAGAAAACAAGCUCGACAAGGCACCAAAAGAGCGGCAAGGAGAAGGAGCACUUUGAGCCCUGAUGAAUUGGCCGAACUAAUGGGAAUAGAAUGA